AGCCUCUCGUCUAUUCUUCGUACAUGUACGUAGAACGAACGAAUGCCUUCCCCCUGAAGUUGCUGCAGAAAAAUGAAAAUUUGUUGUGAGACUUGAGAUUCCUUAUCCCAUGCCUAAAAAUUUGACAUGUGUUUUGAUGUCAUCGAUGGUCAUCGUUAUAAACAUUAAACAGUUUGUCUAACUAUUACAUUAAAGUGGAAAAUACAUUCAAAGUUUAAAAAAAUUGCUUGGGAGGUAAAAAAAUUAGUGCUUAAUGUGCGGUGGAAAAUACUUUCAUAUUGUGGGUGGAGGCCAUACAAAAGUUUUAAGAAGCGGCCGAAUUAAUUGAUGCGGAAAAUCGUAUGAAGAAAACAAUGUGGGGACAAUUUUGGUUAAUGCCACAUCAAUUUUCCAAAAAUAAAGCACUACAUAUCCGUGGCCCGCGAGGAUGUCAAAUGCGGAAAAUGCGUUGUCAUUGGCCUUCAAUCCACGAAGCACGUAUCGUGGAACAAUUGGAACGAGAUGGUGGCGAAUUGUCUCUACUGCAAAAUUUUCAAAUUUCAUGGAGAAACAUUUCCCCGCACUACAUCGUAACUGAAUUCGUCAUAUGUGAUUUGACACAGUCUCACAGUGUAGAGGAAGUUGAAUGGAUCUCGCGGUGGUUCGAGCCUUGUCAUCGGAGGAUGAGAUUUCAGAGAAGGGACGAAAUGGAGGGAAGAGGAAUUUGAGUGGAUCUUGCGAUGGUUCGAGCCUUGUCAUCGGAGAAUGAGAUUUCAGAGAAGGGACGAAAUGGAGGAACACAGUUUAGGCUCUGAAUUUAAAUUGUCACAAAGCAGGAUUCAAUGAAGCUUUGUGAAUUUUUUAAAAUUUAUAUCAAUUAGUUUUUGUUUACUGGGUCGUACCUAAAAUUUGAAAAUUUUUAUUUUUUCUUAAUUUUAAUUUUCCUUUGUCACUUUAUACGAAAAAUCAAUAUGUAAAAAGAUUUUGCAAAAAAGAGAAUUUUUAACUCUUGUUAUUAACAAAUUAAAAAUUUCUAUUACUUUUCAAUUUAAAAAAAAUUUAUUGACUGAUUUCAAUGAUUUAACCGAUAUUAUUUUUGUCUUGAAUGCAAAUUUAAAAUACAAAUUUUUCUGUUUGAAUACAUUUUAUUUUAUAAAUUUUAUCCAUGAAAUUUUAAGUUGAAAAAAAUUUGAAUUAUUCUUUAAACGUUUCUAAUUUAUAUUCUGAAGUGAAAAGUAAUACAA